CGGGGUUUUCAGGGUCUUGUUCCUUUGACUCGUGGUCGACAGGGUCUGGAAAUAAAGAUCCAAAACACAGCGAACCCAACACCUUUAUAUAUGCAUCCCAGACGGGAAUACCCAACCCACAAAACCACAAAGCCACCGUCAUCGUCAGCACCAUCGUCACCCUCAUCACAUCUUUCGCCCGACCCGGCUCCGAUCUGUAGGUGGUCUGACUCGCCCACGACGAGCACCUCCAUCACCGAAUCUGAAACACAUGGUACCGUGGUCACCGGGACGAAAAAGAAACGAAAUCCAGGCCACUGAUAGCACCUAAAAUGACAGGGAUGACAUUUCCAUCUUUUUUUGAUUCGAAUCGGAUUGGUGC